CUGGCCUUCUUGCCACCGUAUCGACCACCGCAUCGACCACCGCAUCUACCAUUGCAUCGACCAUUGCAUCGACCUGUUAUCCCGUCCCACUGCCAUGUCAACCCAGCCGCGCCCUGACUCGCAUCAUCCUCCCGCGGGAGAAAUCGCCUCGCUGAAGAAUGUGGUCGAAAAUGUGCUUCUGAAGCGCGGCGUCCUUGGAAAUCUCAAGGCCCAGCUACGGGCUGCCGUCUUUCUGGUGCUGCAAGAAGAGACAGCAGGCUCGUCCAAGAAGCUUCCGCUCGAAGCUUCGACCAAGCUGGAUCUCCUGCGCUCCUCACCCGACGCCCGACUCGCACUCGAUCUCAUAAUGGAUUUCCUCGAGUGCUUCAAUCUCGAGUACACUCUCGCAGUCAUGACCUCGGAAGCUGGCCUGCCCGAACGAACACCCGGACACCAUCGCCGCCCAAAUGUCUCGCAAGAGCUCAAACUCGAGUCCUCGACCGAUGAUACUCCUCUACUCUUGCAACUGAUUGAGCAUCGCCACGGCGAUCUGAAGGCCCUCCAACACCUGCGCUCGCAGUCGACAUCAAUUCAGCCUCUCACCGACGACAAGUCCAACAAGUUUGUUAUACUUUCGGAGCCCACGUCCCUCGUCUCCUCGCUGGGCGUGCCCGCAAAGACUGCACCUCUACACAGAGACGCACCCACUGGAAUCAACGUAUCGCCAGGAGAGCAGUCGGCCCUUGGUCAUGCGCGUGCGUCUAGCGACAAAGUCCAGCAAGAUAGAUCGGCUCAGUCCGGUACUGCUCCAAUGCACCCGCCGCCUGUCCUGGCUCCGACAGCGCUCGCCCCCAUAUCAUCAACGUAUCCUCCAAAUACAUCCGACACGCCCGACAAUCUCGCCGAGCAGCUCCGGCUAGCUGACCCGGCGGGUAUCCAGAUCGAUAUUGAGGACGAAGUCGAAGAAGAUGUGGAAACGAUCGAGAAAGACGACCAGACUGAAGAUCACACAAUCAGCCCAAGCUACAGUACCGAUGCAUUUCAGUAUGACGAACCGGCUGAGCUGGACUCAUCCUAGGAAGGACCAACGAUUGCAUAGCGCAGUAACUGCCGCAACCGCUGAAUGGGAGUCAUCGGGCAAUCAGAAUGCUCACCGGCCGAUCUUGUCCGCCACAUUCGAGCUCCGUGGAUCAGUGCAGUGUCUCCCCGCGACUUUCCGAUCCCCGACACGAAUAGGCAAUCGCUUUGCCCAGCAUUAGCGCCUAAUAAAACGUCAUAUCAGGA